UCGUAAAGGGAUAAAAGUGCAAAAAACACAAACAAAUGAAAAUAUAAAUAAAUAAAGAUGGGGCCCGCCCAACACGUCGCCAUCAAAUAAGCAUUGGACACAAGAGAAGAGCUUCACACAGUUGCCCAGUAGCUGUUUUUUUCCUCCUUCUCCCUCUCAGCAACUCUAAUAACCGGAGGAGGAUCUUCGAGGUUACUGAGCCCAUCUCUCUCUCUCACUCACACACACUCACGGAUCUGCUAUGUCGCUCUAUAUGUAGAUUUUAUGUAUUUAUUGAUCUAGGGUUUUGGGGUAAGGUAGGAUCUGGACGCUGAUGGCUUCGAAGCGUAUCUUGAAAGAGCUCAAGGAUCUUCAGAAAGAUCCUCCUACCUCGUGCAGCGCUGGACCAGUUGCUGAGGAUAUGUUUCACUGGCAAGCAACAAUUAUGGGUCCUCCUGACAGUCCCUACGCUGGUGGCGUGUUUCUUGUUACUAUUCAUUUCCCUCCAGAUUAUCCCUUUAAGCCACCUAAGAAUGAGGCAAUACAUGGGAAAUUAAAAAUGCUCCGGGAUGGAAAUGAGGAAAUGUCUACAAUACCUGGGGGUAGGGAGGAAAAAGGUUCUUGUGUAGUGGCAAAAAUAGCUGCGAGGCUAGAUAUGAGACCAUGUUUUAGUCUUUGUUGUGAUUCUUCUAAUAAGAAAGAGGAGUUGCAGAUGAGUGUGGUGACUAUCUGCUGCAGGUCGUUAGGAGUGUUGUGGUUGGUGCUGCAUGUGAAGGUGGUGGCUAUUAGUAGAGGCUUAUGGCUUUCUUUGGAUGGUGAUGACCUUUUAUUGAAGAAUUGGAGUUGUGGGUGCUGCUGUGAUACUGUGAGAAUGGCCAGUCAUUCUUAUGUUCACAAUUAA